GCGGUGAAAUCUUAAUAUGACGGAGUUGGCAAGAUAGGUAAUCUCACAGAUACAGAUCAAAGGCUUUCUACACCAGAGAAAUUAUGGCAUCAACUGAAGAGAGAUAUAACGAAGCCUGGCCGUCAAAAUAUAAGAAGUGUGACGUAUGCAGAUUGAAGGCACUUUGCAGUAGUCCAUGCGGUCAUAAGUAUUGCUACAGGUGUCUGCAUCUCCAAAAGAAAGAUAAGUGUUGUCUUGUGGAAAGUUGUCACUUCGACGUCCGAGAAGUGUAUGACGAAAUGUAUCAGUACACCCUCAGAACAGCAACUGAAAAUGAAUUAAGAAUCCUGCCAUAUUGUACGAGUCCAGUCGAAAAAUGCUGCGAGAAAAUGGCACUUGUUCUGUUAAUGGAAUGCAAUCACACGCUAUGUUUGUCUUGUGAAAGUCCAAUUAUCGAUUAUACAGUUAGACCAAACCAUUUACUACAUUUUAAGUGCUGCAAGUGUGAUGUUUCUGUUCUACGAGACUAUGUGUGUCGUUUUAAGCAAACAGAUUUAAAAAGCAUUUCAAUGAUGAAAAUCGAAUUAAGAACCAAGUGUGAUGGAUGUAGAACAAUGGAUAGGCACAGUCACAAAAUAUUAUUGAAGAGAUGUGGUCAUGCAUAUUGCAUCAAGUGCAGCGAAGCAAUGCUUGAGAGUUCAAAAGACGAAACCAGUUGCAAAGUCUGUAGAACUACAAUACCAACAGAGUGCUUUAAUCACAUUACAAACAUUUUAAAGAGAAAGGAAACUGUAAUCGCUUCAGCAUUCUUUUUGCAGAACUCAACAGAAGGAAUAUGCAGUUCAUGUCUUGAAUUGAAAGUGUGCCAGUUUUCUUUUCAAGAAUGUCGCCAUAACAUCUGUUUUGGAUGUUUGGGGGAAAGAAACAUGGCAAAUGGGUUUUUCAAAUGCCCAGAUCUGGCUUGCACAACGAUUCUUCCCAGCAAUGGAAUAAGAGAUAGUUUUGCAUGUCAAAAAUAUGUGAUAAAACACAUAUACCCCGGGGGAUUAUACAACGAAGGACUGUGCUGUUACAGGAAUGCGUUGUUUCAGGUUCUUGCACGGACAAAUCUACCGGAACUUUGUCCCAAGGAAAUGGCUCAUGAACCAAAAUGGUUAGAAUCUCUUUUGAAAAUACUGGAAGAAAUUAGAAAACUAAAAGUUUGUCCGCGGAGAUAUUUAGAUGAUUUCUCUAGAUGUUACUAUGAGAUAGACAGAAAUUUUCCUCCAUGCACUGUGAAUGACAGUUUGUCUUUGUUCCUGAGUAUGAUCAACAACAUUAAAGAGGCUGGGUCUGGAAAUUAUGGAUAUGAAGAUGCCGUAAAACUAUUCCAGGGUAUUAUGUGGAGCGAGUUUUUCUGCCAAAGAUGUGAACGGUCUGAUUAUGAUGGAGCUGAUGUUUUCUUCAACCUUACAUUUCCUAUGAUUGUGAAAGAUAACGACUCGUAUGAUGAAAUGAAAGAUCUCAUAUUUGAUGAAGUGUUCAAGUCUCUAUUCUCAAAGGAGAGCGUCAAACUUGUUUGUGAGCGAUGUGAAGAGGAGACCACUAUGACAAAGACGUUGCAAAUAAAGGAACUGCCUGAUAUACUUGUAAUUCAACUUGGAAAAAUUCAACUGAAAAAGAAAUCAAGAAAUCAACGAUUCUUAUCAAAAUCAUUAAAGUCUACACGCUUUGAGGAGCAUUUUGAAGUUCCAUAUGCAACAAUACAUAAUGCUGAAAAGAGAAACGGUCAGUAUGAGCUCUUUGGAACAAUAGUUCAUAUCGGUGGUUUAGAAGACGGCCACUACUAUGCCUUUGUGAAAAAGGAAAAUGGGAAGUGGUACAGAUGUGCCGAUACCGUCGUAUCAGAAGUAAAUAUCUCCUGUGUAAAAGAUGAUUCCCCUUACAUCCUUUUUUAUCGUCGAAUUCAAAGUAGCAAAUGAGUACUAGUGUAUUUAGAUGUAGUAUUUACUCUGAUAAUAUCAAUAAAUGCAGCGAGAACCUGUAUAUGUAAAUACUUAUAUGUGCAUUCCAUAUGUAUGGAUUUUUUGGAGAGUAUGACAAUGUAGAUACUUCAGUGCAUCAAUGUAUUCCCAACGAUAUCUUUUAUAUCAAUGAUUGACAGACAGUUACUUUGAUUUUAUUAUUUUGUUUAUAAAUUAUUUAAUGCAAAACAUUUUUAUACUUUGGUUUAAUAAAAACUUGAUUUAU